GCGACCAUGGCGGGAGGAAUGAAAGUGGCGGUCUCUCCGUCAGUUGGUGCCGGGCCUUGGGGCUGGGGGGCCGGGGGCCGGGGGGCAGUGUGGCUGCUCCUGGUUUUCUCCGGCUGCUUGGUCUGCGGCUCAGCUGGAAUUGAUGUAAAUCUGGUCAUGCUCCAGGAAUCCCAAGUUCAUAAUAGCAAUACCAACCAACAAUUCUGUUACAAAAAUGUGUUUGUCCCAAAGUGGCAUGAUAUAUGGACGCGGAUACAGAUUCGAGUCAACAGUUCCAAACUGGUACGAGUUACCCAGGUGGAAAAUGAGGAUAAACUGAAGGAGCUGGAGCAGUUUAGUAUCUGGAAUUUUGUUUCUUCCUUUUUAAAAGAGAAAUUAAAUGACACCUAUGUUAACGUGGGUCUAUACAGCACAAAAACCUGCCUCAAGGUUGAUAUUUUGGAGAAUAACACCAAGUACAGUGUUGCUGUCACCCGGAAAUUUGACUCCAAACUCUUCCUCAUUUUCCUCCUUGGACUUAUGCUAUUUUUUUGUGGAGACCUGCUCAGCAGAAACCAUAUCUUCUACUAUUCCACUGGGAUGAGUGUCGGAAUUGUAGCUUCUCUACUAAUCAUCAUUUUCAUACUGUCUAAAUUCAUGCCAAAGAAAAGUCCCAUUUAUGUCAUCCUGGUGGGAGGCUGGUCCUUUUCUUUGUACCUCAUUCAACUAGUUUUUAAAAAUUUACAAGAGAUCUGGAGGUGUUACUGGCUGUAUCUUUUAAGCUAUAUCCUCAUAGUUGGAUUCAUGAGUUUUGCAAUCUGCUACAAAUAUGGACCAUUGGAAAAUGAACGAAGUAUCAACUUGCUUACCUGGACCUUGCAGCUGAUGGGCCUAUGUUUCAUGUAUUGUGGUAUCCAGAUUCCACAUAUUGCCCUUGCCAUUAUCAUCAUUGCACUGUGCACUAAGAACCUGGAGUACCCUAUUCAAUGGCUGUAUAUUACCUACAGAAAGGUGCGUAAGGCCACAGGAAAGACUGUCCCUCCUCGUCUCCUGACAGAAGAAGAGUAUCGGCUACAGGGGGAGAGAGAGACCAAAAAGGCUUUAGAAGAUCUUCGAGAAUAUUGUAACAGCCCAGACUGCUCUGCUUGGAAGACUAUUUCUCGAAUAAAGUCUCCAAAGAGAUUUGCUGACUUUGUGGAAGGCUCUUCCCACCUCACACCAAAUGAAGUUUCUGUUCAUGAGCAGGAGUUUGGAUUAGGAAGCAUUCUUUCUCAGGUGGAUAUCUCUGAAGAAACCUCUUCUGAGGAGGAGAAUUCUGAAUUUUGGCCCCCCACUAUCACACAAAAUGAUUUCCUGACCUAAGUAAUGGUCAGAAUUUUUAUGUGGACUGACUUGGUACCUCAAGGUCCAGGUUGCAUAUCUCGUGCAAUUGUUUCUCAACUUUUAAAUUGGGUAAGAUU